AUGGAUCUGGCGGAGGAGAUGUCACCGAGGCACUUGAAUUGGCUGCAUCGGCUACUCUCGAAGACGGCGGGGCCUCCCCGCAACAUCCUGGCCUCUGAAAUAACUUGGAUCUGCAACUCUCCGGCGCCGGUAGCCCGAAUUUGCAUCUCCAUCUACAAGAGUAUUGCUCUCAGCUACGCUACCAAGAGAAUCGAUCAGCAGAGGGUCUCUGUCCAUGAGAAGAUGGGACCAGCUCAACAAGUUCUUCAGUGA